AGAAAGAAUUGCCGCUUAAAACAAAACCCAGCGCUUAAGGAUUAUGAUCAACCUUUAACAGCGCGUGAAGCCUUUUUUUUUUUUUUAAAUUUUUUUCUUCUUCGUAUCAUAAAUAUUCAUUCAAUUCAAUGCAUCCAUCGUCGUCAUCUAUUGCAUUUGUCCCUUCCCUAAGUGAACAGUGAUUUCUCAACAACAACCCCUUUUUAUUGUUCUUCUUCGUGCUGCUUUCUUUCUCUUUCCAGUUACGCUUUUUGAAUUCAUUUGGUGCUGAAUCGAAGGUGUAAUUUUUAUGGUUUGGAAUUAUUUCAACUUUGUCCGAAGAAGGUUUCAGAUUCCUUGUCAAGAUUAAUGUUUAAAGAUGGCUUUAUAUGAGCAUUUAGACGUUUUUCAGUGGGGUCUUAAUUUUCUUGACGGUGACCCUGCUUAUAGUCCUGGAUACUAUGGAAACACAAUGCAAAAUGAUACUGAUGACAUCUACAAUGGACACUACUUCCAUAGCCAUUAUGAUAACGAAUGUAACCAUGUAGAGAAUGAUGAGAUCAUUGCCCGCACUCUUCAAGAAGAGUUUUCACAGCUAGAAAUUGCUGAAUCUUCAAGGUAUUUACAGGCAGGUGAAGAACAGUUCCAUGUUUCUGAGACUGAACCUGCAUAUGAUUGGCAUAACUCUUCAAUGGUGAACUAUUGUUCAGGAGGCCAUGAUUAUGCCCAAGGAGUUGAUGACACAGAACCUUCUAGUUCAUGUUCUAGUCCAUGUGAAACAGAGGAAUAUUCAUUAGAGCUAACUGACAAUUAUCCACUUGAUGAUGAAGUAGGGAGGAGAUUGAGUCAAAUGAUACCAAUUCCUCAUGUUCCAAAAAUUAAUGGAGAAAUUCCUUCAAUUGAUGAAGCAACUUCGGAUCAUCAAAGACUUCUGGAUAGAUUGCAGUUAUAUGACUUUGUAGAGCACAGGGUACAAGGUGAUGGUAAUUGUCAGUUCCGUGCACUGUCUGAUCAAUUAUAUCAUGCACCUGAUCACCACAAGUUUGUGAGACGACAAGUUGUCAAUCAGCUAAAAUCUAAUCCAGAGAUUUAUGAUGGAUAUGUUCCCAUGGAAUAUGGUGACUAUUUGGAGAAGAUGUCUAUGAGUGGAGAAUGGGGUGAUCAUGUCACUCUUCAAGCAGCUGCAGAUUCGUAUGGUGUGAGAAUAUUUGUGAUGACUUCUUUCAAGGACACCUGUUGCAUAGAGAUUCUUCCUCAUUUUAAGAAGCCAAAAGGAGUGAUUUUCCUGAGUUUUUGGGCAGAGGUGCAUUACAACUCCAUCUACCCUCAAGGAGAUAUACCUUCGAGUGAAUCGAGAAGGAAGAAAAGGUGGUGGAACUUUGGAAGUAAACAUUAGAGUCUUGGCUGGCCUAGAGAGCAAACCCAUUCUGAAACUCUGCAAUUUUCCUUCUUCAGGAAUUAAAUUAUAUCCCCAUAUCUUGGCUGGUUUUUUUUUAUAUAAUUAAUUUGAUUUUCUUCUUUUAUCAAUUAAAUUAUAAAAUAUGGGUAUGCUGAUACAGUUGCAUCCCAGUGGCAUUUUGGAUGCUCUGUGGAAGAAACCAAAUUUUAUACAUAAAGGAUUAAAUACGA